UUUACGCUUCUGGCCUCACUUUUCCUUUCUUUACUCUAGUUCCUACACAAAAUUAACCCUUUUCUUUUCAUCUUCAUCCUCCAUUCAUCCAAAUUUUCUUUCUCCUAUUUCCAUAACAAAUCAGGAAAUUCUCUUUCUUCAUCUUCGUCAUUCAUUUUCGCUCUUCUCUUUUUUUUGUUUGAUUUUGUUCUUAUUUAUUUAUUUGCACAACCGCAAAUCCUCUAUUCUUAUAAUUCGAAUUAUAUUGAGCAAGCUUGGGAUUUAAGGUUAGAGAUUAGAGUUUCGAUAUGAGAAGGAUCAGGGCCGAGAGUCGAAAGUGAUGGAACAAUAAGUAUUGAAUAACACAUUUUGUUCAAGUCCUCGGCCUAAUUUUCCUCUUCCUGAACUUCAUGCACCGAUCAAAAUUUGCGGGAAUUUUCAUCAGAGUUUUGCUUAAUUUGAUGUCCUUUUCUCGUUGUUUUGGGUCAUGGAUUGUGUUUUUUAACCAUUAGUUUAUCUCGGUAUUGCUUAAUUUUAUGUGUUUUUAAUGUAUUUAAUUGUAGAGGUAAUGUUAUAAAAUUAUAAUUUUAUCUGGGUUUUGCUUAAUUUAAUGUAUUCUUGCUGUAUGUGAUUGUGGGUUGUGUUUUUCAGUCGUUGUUUUCUCUGGGUUGCGCUUAAUUUUUUAUGUCUUGCUGAAUUCAAUUGUAGGUAGUGCUUUCCAAUCACAUUUUAUCUGGGUUUAAUUUGCUCAAAGUACCACAGAAGAUUGACAAUGCCAGAAUUACGAGAGCACCUCGAGCUGAAGCGCAAUCGCGUCUCCUAAUGAUAUUGAGUCAAUUCUAUACUCUGGAGCAUACUCUACAAUGGGCGUUGAUAAUUCGAGUUUGGAGAGCUUAAGGAAUUCAAUGUCGUAGUUAAUUGUCUCAGUGAAGAUGAUAUUGAGUUUGAUAUAAUUGGUAUUGAUGCUUCUCUGUCUAAUGAUUUCCGACGAAUUCUCAUUUCCGGGGUAAAAUAAAUUUGAUGUCGGUUUGAUGUAUAUUUCAUCCGUUUUGUGAAUUUAAUUUGGUUUUGAAUUCAGUUUUUGCUUUUUUUCUAUUCAUUUUGCUAAGUGGAAAUUUUGGUGUAAUGGGUUUAUGAGAGAAUCGGCCUUGGGUUUGUAGUCACAUUUACAAAUGUGGGACUUUUCAUGAUCUAAAAUAGUAUAGAGUGAUGGGUUGUGUUGGAUUCGGAGAUACGUGUAGUCAUGUACUUAUAUUGGUUGAGAAAUGGGGAAAGAUUGAGAAUGUGAAACCUAUUAUAACAGUUACUUUUGUAAAUUAUCAUUACGAUAUAAUACAAUGUAGCUAUUUUAGUCAGAAUUGAACAUGAUAGAGCAUGAUCAUUCAAAAUUAUAAAGGGAUUCUUGUUAAUGACGAAUUCAGAUCAGACGAAGAAAGACGUUGAAAUGGUUAUGCAAACAAGUAUAUAAUUAAGUUUUUAUUAGGGUAAUUAAUGUUAGAGAGAUGAGAUUUGAUGAGAUUGUAGAUGAAGUGACAUAAAAGUAAAACUAAAUCUUAGACCCUUUUUUUGGUGUGGCAAGUUAAAGUCUGCAGGGGUAGUCCUUGUUGCAAAUCUUGUGACUGGAUCAUUAGCCUAUGAUGACAUAUGGUUUGGAGGAAGGAAAAGGAACCCUAAAACAUAGAGGAAUUUAUGAUUGGUUCUUCUGUUGGACUUGUAGCUUGCACUUCUGUAGGUUGUUCUAUUUUGUUUGCUCGUUGUGUUCCUACAAAGUAUGUAAUUCUCUUGUUGGAAGUUUUGAGGUUUAACUUUGGACAUUUAUGCUAAGAUUAUUAUUAGUAUGAAGUUGUGCGCCCAUACACUCUUGACAAAAUAAUAAACAUACAAUACAUUGUUUCAACUUGCUUGAUUCAAAAAUUAGGUUGAGAGAAAACUGUUGGAGUUUUACUCCUUUCGGUCUAUGUUGAAAAACUCCAAAUUAUGUUGCUUCAAAAGAAUUAAAGUUCCCGUAAAUACAAUGUGGUUUUUCCUAUUAUGAAUCAUCAAUUUUGAAGCGUAAUUAUUGAAUUGAUUGUGUAAUGUCAACUAAUUGAUUUGUUGACCAUUAUUACCUUAAUUGUUCCCUCCAUUUAUGGCCUAAUUGAUGAUCAAUUAAUAGCCUUCCAUAUUUGUUGAUCCUUUUGGCCUACUUAAAAGGCAAUUGAUUCUUCCUCCAGACACACAGAAAAGAAAAACAUUAUUCAUCUUCUCCAAAAAAUACAAACACAAAAAUCUACUAUUGUUCUGGGCAUUGUUUAAGGGUGUUCUCAAUCUUCGAAUCCGUCCACACCGGAAAUGAAGAGUCGUGUAACCCUGGGGUUGAUUGCCAUGAGUCCGCGUGUGUGUAGCGGGGCAAAUUCAACUUUAGGGCAGUGAUUGGUGUCACGCCACGACAUAAUUUCAGAUAAGUAAUUCUAGUUUCAUCUACUAUUAGUCAUAUCUCCUACAAUCUAAAGUUGAAUUUAUUUCUGUUUUUUAUUAUUAUGCCUAAUAGUGAUAAUCUAGGAGCAUAUAAUUUGUUUGUUGUUGUCAUGCCUAACUGGAAACUCCGUUCGUAUGUGAAUUUUGUUCCAGCAAGGAGCAUUUUGUGAUUAUCGUUCCUUUUGAUUUCCAAGGGCCUUUAACAAUAACAAAAGGGAUAUAUAUUUGUUUCUCUUGUGCGGCUAGAGUUCCAUGAAUUUGGUUCUUUGGUCCGAUUGUGUCGUACUAAGUGUCUGGGAAUACGAAUUAAUGGAUUUACACUUGUUUUCAUAUUUUGGGUAUUGUUGUUAUCAUUUUGAUUCUAUUAUAUUCUUGUGUUAAUCGUGUACUGUCUUUUCUAUGCCUUUGAAAUAUAUUCCGUAUAGUAUUUUGAAUUUAUGAUUCAACAAAAGUUCUUUUAAUUAAUUGAGAGCUUUAUAUGCGAUGACAUUCCCAAUAUCCGAUCAAUUUGAUUGGAGAAUGACAAAAUCUCUUUUAAUUGAUUGGAGAAUGAAGAAUUGAUAACCGCUGGUUAUACUUCUACAAGAAAACGGAGUAAUACAAUUCUUAAAUUUAUUUUUUAAGAUGGGCAGUUUUAAAUAGAUUUAUUGCUCAAUUUAAUGGGAUGCUUCAAAACAAGCAUAGUUGCACUUUUGGACGAAAUUAGUGGGUUGAUUUUGUGUAACAACCAUAUUUAUGUCUUCAAUGAUUUUGUUUAUGUUUAUGAUUUUCGUGAUUUCCUCACCUUAUUCAUUCUUUGAUUGAUACGACUUUUCAACCUCUAUGGUUUUUGGUUCAUGGUUUUUGAUGACUUUAUUUUAAAUCUACGAUUGGUCAAGUAUACGUAGAUUGACUCCUGAUUAUUUGUACAAGAUACUAUAUAAAAGGGGUGUUUUCUUAUCUAAACUAUUUUGUGUCAAACUCUAACUAAUUUUCAUAUAAAAUGCAAUCCCCCUUGCGUGAUAUUUUUUGUCAACACUUUGUGUUAGUUAAUGUCGGGGAUCUUAUGAGUUAGUGUUUGAGGCAAAUGAGUAGCUUUACUAUCGUGAAUCCAUAAUGGGAAAUAGGAUUAAUUCGAAGGAUGAUCUAGUAUUAGCAAGUGUUUAUUGCUCCUUAUUUUAUUAUGUCUAUUAUUCUUUUGGGUCAUGAUUGAUUAGGAAAUAUUUAUGUUGUUACUCUAAAGGAGUAUGAGUUCAUUGCGUUAUUUCCUAAUCUUGCUAUUAAUGGUUAUGAUGUUUGUGAAUCUUGAUAAGUUUAUGUCACGAGAAACCCUUUUAGUGUGUACCUAAAGGGGAAAUUGAAUUAUAAGAGUAAAUUCAUGAGAACUUUGAAGUUUGUUAGAGUGAAUUUGUAAGUCAUAUAUAUUUAUAUAUUUGUUUCAUAUACUUGAUUCUCAAGGUAUAACAUAUCAUUACCUUUGAAAAACCUAGUUGAGGUGGAUUCAUUUAUUUUUCUUGCAUUGUUUAUUAAGCAGUAUCAAGUUUUUUUUGUGUCAAAGGAAUAAUACGGUCAUGGGGUAUUUUCUAAUAAUGAAUAAGGCUCUUAUGUUGUAUGAUUAAUUCAUGAGUGUAAUUUGGCGCUAAUUUCUUGUGAGUAAUCAAUUCAAUUGGACAUAUAAGUGUGAUAUGAUCUAUUAUCCUUGAGAGAAGUGAGACUCGUCAAACCAUGAAGGAGUCAUCUCUAAUCACAACCUUUAAUAUUUCUUUGAGAGGUAGCUUUGUUGAGGCCAAGGACAAGGUUGGUGAUUAAUGGGUUAUCUAAAACCUUAAUGUUUAACCACCUUAGUUACUGCUAAUUUAUAUUAAAUUCAUGAGCUUCCUGAGUGGAUUUGAUGCAUGCGUGUGUUCAAAUAUGAUUGGCUUUGAUCGUGUUCAUAUGGCUUGUGUGGAUCAUACUUUGUUGCAUUGUCACACUUUAAUACUUUGGACGAGACUAAAGUUUUUUUUUUUCCACGAUACAAGAUGAAAGCCAAAAAGAGAUAAAUAAGUUGGUAAAGGUACCAAACUGAAAUGAAUACGUGGAGGAGGUGCUUGGUAAAUUAACCAAUUUCCUAUUGACGUUGUUGAAAUUUAUGUGGAAACGGACUUCCAUAAUUUGAAUAUGUUAACGUAUUUGAAGGUCUAAUGUUUUAUGUUUGAUUCUCAACUUGAUUUUGCUUAUGUGGUAAGCAGAAUAUGUAGACAAUUUUGUGUUGCAGGUGGAGAAUGUCAAGUGAUCUUCGUUAAUCACUGAAAUGUACCUUGGGAUGAUGGUCAAACGAGUAUGUUUGAGAUGUCAAUUGGGUUGACAGAAAGUGAUAAUUCUAUUAUGGAGUUGAGUGUCCAUAUCAUUGGAUUCUACCAUUAGAAAAACUUUUGGAUGUUAGCUCAUUGUGGGGGUAAGGUCAGAAACUGCAGGCUCAAUGACCUACCAUGUUGUGGGUUGUGGUGUAUCGGCUUCACGUCCAACUUUUGGUACCGCUGGUCGAACUAAUGUGAUGAGUAUAUCCAAAAGUUUGGUAAAAACCCAACUUCUACAUUAGUCGCAUUGCUCCAUUCAUCCCAUAGUAUUUGUUUUUUCAUUAAAAAGAAUCGUUUCAGAUUAUCCGUCUGUUAAAUAUCAAUGCAAUUAAAUUUGUCAAUUUUAUGUACUAUUGCAUAAUUUCUAUCCGUAACAAAUUCUUAAUUUGAGUGCAUAACCUGAAAUGUCAGUUAUUUCAUACUCUUACUUUUGGAAUCUAACGUUAGUGUUAUUAAACUGGAUAAGCUUGGCCCCUUUUGCAGAAGUGCAGCAGAUUGUGCCAUCAUUUUGGAUAAUGUCCGAGGAAAGGAUCGAGAUGACUUGUCUUCAAGGGAUAUGCCCUUUGGUAAUCCUUUUAAUGUCGAUCUCACAAAACUGACUGUUGGAUAUGUUGAUGAUUCUGAGAAGGAGGAAAUUCUUUCUGGCGGGUAAUGAGCAUUCUCUCAAAAAGCUUCCUUUUGUAGAUGAAUACAACAAGGGUCGAGCUUCUUGAUUACGAUUAUCAGGAAGAGGGGCUAGCCAAUCAUGAGUCACUAAAAUCGAGUUUGUGCUGUUCGCUGGUAAAAUUUCAGCCUUUCGGUUCGAAACACUAAAUUAGAAAUUGAGUUUGAGUUUUGGAGAUUCUCGUGUUUUCAAUUCUUGACUUGACUUUUUCUUAGAUCUGGCAUAUAGGUUGCUGGGGAUUCUAAAGAUUUCUAGCGCUACCCUUUGCCAACCUUAUCAGCCUUGAGGUUCAUAUUCAUCUAUGGUAGUUUAAUAUAGUUUCAAUUUCCAGCUUUUAAAUAACUAUUCAGUUUUCUUCAUGAAAGUAUGUAAUUUAGCUAGGGUUUUGGUUUGUUGUUUUGAUGUUAAUUCUAGGAUUUUAUGAAUUCUUUUCUAAGUUUUUUAUAUUGCUUGUUAGAUGAUAGUACAACUAUGAGUUUCUCUGGGAAAAUUACUAGACGUGUUCAUCUUUAUAAGCAAUCCAGGAUCAUGUAUUCUGCCUAUAUUAGAAUACGUACAAAUCAUCUUCACGUUCCUCUACAUUAUUGAGGCCAACAAAUCCGUGCUCAAAUACCACUGUAUACCGGUUGCAAAUCACAUUGUUGUCAACUCCUACACCCUGGCACAAGGGCCUGGCAUAUAUUUAGGCAAUGAAUCAUGAGGAAACUUCCAAAAUCAAAUCGCUAAAUAUUACAAUGGAAAGCACCUCAUUUCUUACAUAUACCCUAAGUCUAGCAUAGGAUCUUCUCCUCGUUUUAUUGGCCUGACCCUCUUUCUGUGUUGUCAAGUGUUCAUUGCCAUCAUUUGGUUAUUUGUGAAAAAAUAGCCGAACUUAAUUUUGUGUUGUGGACUGUAUUACCAUGAUGUUUUAAAGUAUUUGUUGUGGCGGUUGUCUUCCCCUUUAGCUGUGUGUUUUGCCUAUAUUUAAGGUGUAACUGUCUUUGCUUUAAUAGUAUUCUCUUCAAUUGAUAUAAGUUAUGGUUGGGUGUAGCUACAUACAAGAUCUCUUCUCUAAUCAGCUGAUUAAUUGUUUUACCUUUUUGUAUGGUAUAAUUGAAGAUGCCAAAUUAUUGUUCGUUGAUGCAUGAUUAUCUCGGGAUAUGUUAUAUUGUUUCUAGUAAUUUUUGAAACAAUUUAUUGGCCUAAUAGGUAGAUAUUAAUUAUAUAAGUUGUUAAGAAAUCCUCUAUUGCUCAGUGAUACAGCAUAAUUCUUGUAAACUGAAGGUUUGAAGUUCAAUCCUACAUAUGGGGCAUUUAUCACAUACAUUGUUUGAUUUAUCAUAUAAGUGGAGAAAAAUAAAGAACUUGGUGUAUAAGGAGUUGUAGGGAGAAAUUCAUAUGCAAAACUAGGCUUAUAAUGUCUGGAACAGACUCUUAACAAAAAAGCACAACUUUAUAGCAUGGUUGGCUGUACAGGGUAGAAUUGCAAACCAAAGAGAAGUUAUUCGCUUUGGGGUGAGUGGUUCUCAGAUAUGCCGACUAUGCAGGUCUGAUUUCGAGACUCACAAUCAUCUGUUAGGGAAUUGUAUGUAUGCCAAGAGGUGUACAAGUGAAAUUAUGCAAUGGUUAGGAAUAGCGAACAAAAGAAGAAAUUCGCAUGAGCUUAUGAUUUGGUGCAAACAGAAAUACAAAGGUUCUCUUUUCAGAAUGAGAGUCUGAGUUGCUGCAUUAGUUGCUAUGAUUUACAAGGUAUGGCAAAACAGGAACAAUGCAUUGUGGAAUGAUAGAAUAGAAUGUAUAGAUAUACAGAGUAAAAAAGUAGAGCUGUAUAUCUAAAUAGAAAGAGAUUAAAUAGUAGAGCUAUAUAUGUAAAUAGAAAGAGAUUAAAUAGUAGUGAUUAAGAGUGGUUUGAUUCUCUGUAAAGAGAGGUAGGUUAGGCCUUUGUUAAGGCUUUUUUUUAUUGUUCUUUUAAGUUGGUUUGCCUACUCCUUUUUAGAACUUGAGUUGUAUUUGAUUUUGGUUGAAAUAUAAUUUUACUUACAAAAAAAAAAAAAAAAAAAACUGCUCAUGGUGCUACUUUUAAGAAACCUGCUCACUUGAAGCAACCCAUGUUUGAAGUACAUUCAUGGAGUUUGCGGUCGAAAAAGUCUUGGACUAUACCUACUAGAGUCUUUAAAGACUAUACCAAGAAUUUAAUAAUAAUAAACUCAAAAGUGGGGCAAAAACAACAGAAAAAAAAAAAGGAAACCAUUAUUUUACGUGGCGCCAACUCAAAGUUAGUGAGAGAAGUAAAAUUUCGCCCAAAGCGUCAAAAUUUCAGUCCAAUUGUUUGGCGGCAGAAACAAGGUGAAUUAUAUUCCACAAAACAAUCAUAUUCUUCAUCAUCAUCAAUCUGAUACAACCAUGUCUGUAACUCAAAUUUCUCAUAUUCCCUUAGAUUCGUGAUGUAGUUUUUUCGUAAAAAAUAUCCCAAACAAUCGAUGGAGGAAAUCUUGAUUUAGUCUUCUCGACUUCAAUAAAUCUAUCGAAAACCGAUCUGUGAGUGAACUCUGUGUUGUCAAUGGCGAAAGACGCUGUGGGCGGCGGAAGGAGAAGAUUACAGCUAGAUAAUCAGGUAUGGAUGAACAAAUUAAUUAUAUUUAUUUUUCCAUACACAACAGAUUUAAAUGUUUUAUCUUCGGGAGAUGUUAAUUUUUGUUAUUACUAAUCAAUAAUAGGGUUUAGGGUUUAGGGUAACUGUAAAUGUGUAUUAUCUAGGUGAUAUAUAUUGAUAAUUAUUACAUAGUUGAAACAUUAAUUAAAACCAUUUCGUUGGUGUACGAGUAAAUGAAUUGAUAACUAAUGUAUAAUAAUGAUGACAUUUAUACGCUCUAAAUUUGAUGGAAAUUAGUUUCAGUGUUUGUACCAAGUAAAACCAAACUUGAUUAAAAAGUGUAAUUUGGUAUAGGAAAAUUAUUAUGAUCUAACUUAUUUGGUAUUGUUUAAUCAUAUCAAUUAUAUGAAUAUUGGAAUUUGGUAUAGUGUUUGUGUUGGGUGAACAAUGUGAAUUUGGUAUAGUGUGUGUGUAUUAGAUUAAUUUUAUGUGCUGUUGGUAACUUAAACUUCCAUGGUCCCCAAGGCUGAUGAUAGUGAAUUGGAUGAAAUGACAUUCCAAGUGUUGGGUGAACAAUGUGAUAUAUCUAGUGAUGAAGGUGUUGAUGAAAGUGGUGAUGAUUUAGCCGAUGAAAGUGGUGAUGAUUUAGCCGAUGAAAGUGGUGAUGGAUACAGAAAUGUGGAUGAAGAAGACGCUGAAGAUGAAUGUGGUUAUGAAUCUUAUGAUUAUGAUAGUGGGGAUGAUUAUGAUGAGGCACUGGAUGUGGGAGAAGAUUUGAAUGAGGAAGUUUUCAUGGGUAAUGACGAUGACCUUAAAGAGGAUAAUGAUGUUGAUGCUGAAAAUCAAGCUGAAAAUGAUGUUGAUGGAGAAGAAAAUGACUCAUCCGUAGGAGAAGGUGUGGGUAAUGCUGUAGGAGAAGGUAGUGGAUUGAAAGGAAAUAUUUCUGGAGUGUAUACAACCCCUACAAGGAGGAGAGAAGGCCCUGCAUUAGCCAGCCCUGUAGUUGGAAUGUCAUUUCCUAGUUGGGAAGGUAUGAAUAACUAUUACCGUUUGUAUGGGGAACAACAAGGAUUAGGUGUAGUCUGUGUAGGGGGCAGAAGUUGUCCCAAAUUAAAACAAGAAAAUGGGAAAUCAAAUUCCCUAAAAACUUAUGUGUGGAGGUGCGAGUGUUACGGAAGAACCACUUACAGGCGCAUGGUGAAUGGGAAAAAAGUGAGUGUGGCCUUGGAUCCACUUGUGAAGAAGAAGUUCAAAAAGUAUAAUUGCCCUACUAUGUUGUAUGUUGUAUCAAAACAUUUAAACUCGACACAAAGGAGGAGACAAAGAAAUGCUAUAAGUGGCUUGAAGGUAUGUUAAUUUCC